AACGCUUUAACUAUUUAAACUUAGUGAGAACAAAAAUAUUAAAGAAGAAGCAAGAAAGCAAAUUUUUUUGUAACAAUGGCUAUCAACAGAAUUGCGAUUGGAACGCCAGGAGAAGCUAGUCGUCCCGAUGCGAUCAGAGCGGCUUUCGCGGAGUUUUUCUCCAUGGUUAUAUUCGUUUUCGCGGGUCAAGGCUCUGGAAUGGCUUACGGAAAACUAACUGGAGAUGGUCCAGCCACACCUUCCGGGCUCGUGGCCGCGUCUUUGUCUCAUGCGUUUGCGUUGUUUGUGGCGGUUUCCGUUGGUGCAAACGUCUCAGGCGGCCACGUGAAUCCCGCUGUUACUUUUGGAGCUUUUAUAGGUGGUAAUAUAACGUUGUUGAGAGCUGUUCUUUAUUGGAUCGCUCAAUUACUCGGAGCAGUCGUAGCUUGCUUGUUGCUCAAGGUAAGCACAGGCGGGAUGGAAACGGCAGCGUUUUCGCUCUCCCAUGGAGUGACACCGUGGAACGCAGUCGUUUUCGAGAUUGUGAUGACGUUUGGGUUAGUUUACACGGUUUACGCUACUGCCGUGGAUCCCAAGAAAGGUGAUAUUGGAAUCAUUGCUCCUUUAGCGAUUGGGUUAAUCGUUGGAGCUAACAUUCUGGUUGGUGGUGCGUUCGAUGGUGCAUCGAUGAACCCCGCGGUUUCCUUUGGUCCAGCCGUGGUUAGCUGGACUUGGACGAAUCAUUGGGUCUACUGGGUUGGCCCUUUUAUCGGUGCAGCCAUUGCAGCUACUGUUUAUGAUACUAUCUUUAUCGGUAGUAAUGGGCAUGAACCACUUCCUUCUAAUGAUUUCUAAGUUUAGGGCUUUUCCUUGUGUCUUGUGAAACAAGAAAUCUACUGUUGUGCCCUACUAAAGGGCAUUUUGAGGGAGAUUAAUUGAUGUUACUUAUCCUCUCAUGUGUUUUUAAUGUUUUUUGUUAGUCGUGUGUUAAUUUUACUACUUUUGCUGUUUUUAAGUUAUUAAUAAAUCGAUUGUUGGAAA